AUGAAAACACUUUUUUUUUUGAUAUUAAAUAAUAUUCUACUUAUUUUGAAUGUUUAUUUAUUAUUUUUUUUUGUAGAGAAAUCACUUGCUGAUCAGAUCGCCGAUCUAGAUAACACUGCUCCUAUUGAUUAUGAUCCUGAAGAUCUAGUGGAACCCAUGAACGAAACAACUAUUGAUGAAGAUGAUCGAUCGGAUACAGAACAACACGAUGCUCGAAGUCAUUACGUCAAGGUUGGAAAAAGCAGUCUUCGUAAUCAACAAGCCUUUUUGAUGGAUGAUCCUCGUUAUUCUGGUGAACGUAAAAGUAGGAAAGAUAUCUAUUCUGACAGUGAUACAGACGAACAACAUGACAUGGAACAAGAGACCGAAGAUGACUCUGAAGAUAAUAGUGAUCAAGAAGGAUCUUGGCAAGGUAUAGAUGAUAAUCAGGACGUACUUGGUCUUGAUGACAAUGAAGAAGAAGAAGAAGAAGAAGAAGUUUCUGAAGCUGAUGAUGGAAGCGACGAUGAUGACGACCAGGAGAAUGAUAAUGAACUUAGUGAACAAUUACGACAAUUACAAAAUGAUGAAAAGGAUAUGCUUUCUCAAUUGGCCAAAAAUACUUCGAGUGAUAUUGAAAAAGGUCAACAUGUUAGGCAACAACUUACAUUAUGGGACAAUUGCUUAGAAACUCGUAUUCGUAUUCAAAAAGCUGUUGAACUUGCAAAUCAAUUGCCACAGAUUGACAAACUAUCCGACAUUGUGGAAAAGGACGACAAUAUUAAACAAGAUGUUAAUAAGGUGAAAGGGGAACUUCGCGAUGUAAUUGAUGAACUGAUGGAUCUACGUACAGCAUUACUUGGAGAAAAUGAAGCCAUUGAUUUGGAUGGGGUAUCCUACAAUACUCGUAAACGAUACUUGGAUGAUGAAGAAGGUGAUUCAUAUAAUGAUGCGUUAUGGAAUGAUAUCAACCAAGUCAAUAAUGUUUUUGUGCCUUUUCGAAAUUCAACAUUGGAGAAAUGGAGUAAUAAAGUGCAGGCAGCUUCUAAUGGUGGUAUGAACAAAAAAUUCAAGGCUUUUGAUCAGAAUAUUUUGACACAAAUUGACAACUUGAUGUCGGACAAACAAGGACUUGUGAAACGUACACAAUUACAAAGAGCUGAAUACAAGAUUCUCGGCAAGGUAGCAUCAACACCAAUAACAACUAAUGAUGACCAAAUGGAGAACCAAAAGAAAUCGGAUCGAUAUCUUGAUACCUAUGAUGAAGAAUUAUUUGAUGACAAUGAUUUCUAUCAACAACAACUCCGAGAAUUAAUUGAAUCCCGUAUGGUGGAUACAGAUGAUCCAAUUGCCAGUGGAAUGCGGUGGGCUGCAAGCAAGAAGGAUCAAGUGAAGAAGAAAAAGAAGAAUAUUGAUACUAAGGGAUCCAAAGGACGGAAAUUACGGUAA